AUGAGCUCGCCCGGCGCCGAGGGCGCGGGGAAGAGCCUGCAGUACCGAGUGGACCACCUGCUGAGCGCCGUGGAGAGCGAGCUGCAGGCGGGCAGCGAGAAGGGCGACCCCACGGAGCGCGAGCUGCGCGUGGGCCUGGAGGAGAGCGAGCUGUGGCUGCGCUUCAAGGAGCUCACCAACGAGAUGAUCGUGACCAAGAACGGCCGGAGGAUGUUCCCGGUGCUGAAGGUGAACGUGUCCGGCCUGGACCCCAACGCCAUGUACUCCUUCCUGCUGGACUUCGUGGCGGCCGACAACCACCGCUGGAAGUACGUGAACGGAGAGUGGGUCCCGGGCGGCAAGCCCGAGCCGCAGGCGCCCAGCUGCGUCUACAUCCACCCCGACUCGCCCAACUUCGGGGCGCACUGGAUGAAGGCGCCUGUAUCCUUCAGCAAAGUCAAGCUCACCAACAAGCUCAACGGAGGGGGUCAGAUCAUGCUGAACUCCUUACAUAAGUACGAGCCUCGGAUCCACAUAGUGAGAGUUGGGGGCGCCCAGCGCAUGAUCACCAGCCACUGCUUCCCCGAGACCCAGUUCAUAGCGGUGACCGCUUAUCAGAACGAGGAGAUCACAGCUCUUAAAAUUAAAUACAAUCCGUUUGCAAAAGCUUUCCUUGACGCAAAGGAAAGAAGCGAUCACAAGGAUAUGACGGAGGAGCCUGGAGACAGCCAGCAGCCCGGGUACUCCCAAUCAGGGGGGUGGCUCAUCCCUGGAACCAGCACCCUGUGCCCGCCCGCCGCCCCCCACCCACAGUUCGGAGGGCCCCUCUCACUUCCUUCCACUCACGGCUGUGAAAGGUACCCCGCCCUGAGGAACCACCGUCCGUCCCCCUACCCCAGCCCUUACGCACAUCGGAAUAAUUCUCCAACCUAUUCUGACAAUCCGUCUGCAUGCUUAUCCAUGCUCCAGUCCCACGACAGCUGGCCCAGCCUUGGAACGCCUGCCCAUACCAGCAUGCUCCCCGUGGGCCACAGCGCCGGCCCGCCCGCUGGCUCCAGCCAGUACCCGAGCUUGUGGUCCGUGAGCAGCGGCUCCAUCACGCCCGGCGCCCAGGCCGCGGGGAUGUCCAACGGGCUGGGCGCCCAGUUCUUCCGGGGACCCUCCGCACACGCGGCGCCUCUGGCCCACCCGGUCCCGGCCUCCCCCUCCUCGGGAUCCCCGCUGUACGAAGGGGCCCCCGCGGCCACAGACAUCCCUGACAGCCAGUACGACGCCUCGGCCCAAGCCCGCCUCAUAGCCUCGUGGACGCCCGUGUCGCCACCUUCCAUGUGAAUCGAGGCCUGUGUCGUAAACGACGCGGGACUUCGCUGUGGCGGCCGCGAGUGCGGGCCCGAUUCACCUCCCAGGUACCGAGGUGGCCGCUCCUGGGUUGAGGGAAGGAAACAGGCCCUGUCACCCUCCCUUUACGGUUAGGAGGAGGGACACGUGUCCCGCUGUCCCUCAGGAGUGCCGUGCCCGCCGCGCACACCGCAGGGAACUCUGCACGGACGCAGCGCGGCGGCCCGAAUUUACCGCGAUUCGCGAUAAACGCCAUUUGCUGGGGUCAGACACGUGGCGUUUCUCAUAACGGCACGUGCAGCCUCGGCCCGCCGGCAGUUGUAAACCCCACCGGUCCUACUCGUGCGAGAGAGACGCACACUCAGUUCUCUUCCUUGUGGCUUUGGAGGACUUCCCAGACCCUCUGUGGCGGCGGUCACAGGUGGGCCUGUGCCGGGAAGGACAGGAUCAUGUCACAGCCGAGGACAGCAGGUUGUAGUUGAAACGCAGACUUGCCCGCUCUGCCCACUAGAACGUGUUCA